GGUGGUUGACCCGUUUUGGCCAGCGGGUCUGGUUCAACCGGUUAAAUCGGUUCACCCGACCGGUUCAACCGGUUGACUAAAGACAUUUUUUUUUUUACAUUUUUUCACAUUUUCUGCGGCUUCUGUUCAGUAAUGAAAGGGGGCAAAAUCAGUUUGGUCUGGUGAAGGAGAGCAAGAUGAGUGGCGGAGCUGUCGAGAUCUGAGCAAAAUCAGGGACGAUUUGUUAUGCUUUGUCGCUUCUGUUUGAUCCGGUGAAGGAGAGGAAGAUGAGUGGCGGAGCUGCCGAGAUCUGGGCAAAAUCAGGGACGAUCUGUUAUGCUUUGUUGCUUCUGUUUGGUCCGGUGAAGGAGAGGAAGAUGAGUAGUGGGGCUGUGAGCUUUAUCAGGAGCUGUCAACGGAAGUGGAGCAAUGGUGAGCUGCCGACGAAGGUGCAGGGAAAUCGGGUUGCUUAGUUGCUUCUGUUCAGCGGUGAAGAUGACUAGAUGAGGCGGUGACUGGUGGUGAGAUCUUGACGGAAGUGGUGCAGAGAUCAGGUUGCUUUGUCGGAGGUGAUGAGGCGGUGAUUGGUGUGGUGAGAUGCCGAUGGAGUCAUGGCACGGAGAUGGAGCAGGGAUGAGGGAGAGGGAUGGCCGGUGGAUGAUGUGUUUCUUCUACUUUCUAAUUCUAUUUUUUCCAUGUGUUUUUACAAAAUGUUACUUUUGAUUGGGUUUUUUAAAUUUAAUUUUAGUUUAAAUUUAAGAUUUUUAAAUAUAAUAUCAUUAAAAAA